AUGGAUAUGAUACACCAAGGAAGAAAUAUUCCCCCCAAAAUACUAAAAUCAUUAGUAGAAGAAGCGCAAGAUUAUGCAGUUACAAAUGGUAUUCUUAUGAUCCCAAGCAAUUCGACACAAGCAAACGUAUUUUCACACGCACCUUUCACGUUGUUUGCGUCUCCUUUUCCUGAAAAACUGUUUCUACAAGGACUGGAUGUGCAAAAAGACUUUAAUUUACUUGUGGAUUGUAUGAGUAAAGACUUCAAAUUUUUAAAAUCAAGAUUAGAAGAUACAAUAUCUGCUGAUGAAUUCACCAAGAAACUAUUUAAUAUUCUGGAAACAGUCGUCAGAGAAGGAAUUACUCAAAAAAUAUCUUUGGGCCUAUUUCGUUCUGACUAUAUGAUGAAUCCCAUGUCUCAAAACACGAAUGGACACUUUCAAGAUGAAUAUGAGAUAAAGCAAAUUGAAAUCAAUACCAUUUCAUGUUCAUUUAGUGGCCUUGGUCCCCAAAUGACUGAUUUACAUAGAUACGUAGAGAAAAGCUACAAGGGAAACCUUGAUUCAGACAACAAGAAGCUACCAACCAAUGAUGCUACCAAAGGAUUUGCUCAAGGAAUAGCCCUUGCUUGGGAGUUGUAUGAAAAGAAAAGUGCUGUUAUUCUGAUGGUUGUGCAAAAAGGUGAAAAAAAUAGAGCUGACCAAAGGCUGUUGGAAUACACUAUAAAAAAAUGCAAUCCUGCAAUUAAAAUGAUUAGAUGUACUUUGGAAGAAAUUGAGAUGAAUGGUACAUUAAAAAGUGAUAAAACUUUAUUUAUGGAGGAAAAAGAGAUUGCUGUUGUAUAUUUCAGAGCAGGAUAUACACCUAAUGAUUAUCAUUCAGAAACGGAAUGGUCAGCAAGAUUGAAGAUUGAAAGAUCUUAUGCAAUAAAAUGUCCAACAAUAGCUUAUCAACUUAUUGGAUUAAAGAAAAUCCAACAAGUUCUAGCAGAACCUAAAGUUUUAGAAAGGUUCCUUCAUCAACCUGAAAGAGUGAAGAAAAUAAGAAAAACGUUUGCUGGAUUAUAUACUCUUGAUAAUGGUGAAGAAGGUGAUAAAAAUGUGAAGAUGGCAUUGGAAAAUCCUGAACGUUUCGUUGUAAAACCUCAACGUGAAGGAGGAGGUAACAACAUUUAUGGUGAAAAAAUACUAGAGGUUCUUUCAAAAAACGACGGUUCAAGAACACAAUAUGUUCUAAUGGAGAAGGUUCGUCCUCCCGUUUUGAAAAACUACAUCAUACAAGUUCACAAAGAAGAAUUCUUGGAGGAAGAUGUUUUAUGUGAAUUAGGAGUGUUUGGUGUCGUUAUCAGUAAUGAGAAAGAAAUCUUGGAGAACAAGACUGUCGGUCAUUUGCUUCGAACAAAGGCUGUUAAACAUGACGAUGGUGGAGUUGUGUCUUUAAGAGCUGUUCUCGACAGUCCUCGCCUUGUUUAAAUAUGUCAUACUUUGACUUGUCUUUUAAUAAUGGACUUCAUAAUUUGUGUUGCGAAAUUAGAGGAAUAUGGUUGGGAAAUUGUUGGGAAUGAGAUAGGUUAACUGAAAAAAAAUCACGACAAUUCCA